AUGGCAUCGAAUUUAGUCACUUCCAGUACUACUGCUUUGUUUUCCUUUCUAGUUCUUUACCUUGCAGUUUCUUUCAGCAAUAUAGCCGCCAAACACCGCCAUUCCACCACCACCAGCGUCCACCACCCGCACCACCGUGACUUAGAUGCAUCAAACCCGCGACUCAAACAAGCUUAUCUUGCACUCCAAGCAUGGAAAUUAGUAAUUUACUCCGACCCGUAUAAUACAACUUCAGAUUGGGUUGGUCCUUCGGUUUGCAACUACACCGGAAUAUACUGUGCUCCAUUUCCAAAUGACACUGAUAUUCUGACAGUUGCUGGAAUUGAUCUAAACCAUGCAGACAUCGCUGGAUUUCUUCCUGAUGAACUUGGCUUGUUAUCCGAUCUUUCGCUCAUCCAUCUAAACAGUAACAGAUUCUGUGGUGUCCUCCCUCUUUCUCUAUCAAAUCUCACUUUCCUCUUCGAGCUUGAUCUCAGCAACAAUCGGUUCGUGGGUCCUUUCCCAUCUGUCCUCAUGUCCCUCCCUAGCCUCAAGUUUCUUGACCUUCGUUACAAUGAAUUCGAAGGGCCAUUGCCUCCUGAACUCUUUAAUAGAGACCUUGAUGCCAUUUUCAUCAACAACAACCGUUUAACGUCUGUGAUCCCUUCGAAUUUGGGCUCAACCACAGCUUCUGUGGUGGUUUUCGCCAAUAACAACUUAGGUGGAUGUCUCCCACCAAGCAUAGCCAACUUUGCAAACACCAUGGAGGAACUGUUGCUGAUUAACACGAAUUUAUCAGGAUGUUUGCCGCCGGAAGUGGGGUUUCUUUACAAACUAAGGGUGUUGGAUGUGAGCUCUAAUAAGUUAGUAGGUGAGAUACCUUACAGCAUUGCAGGAUUAGCUCAAUUGGAACAGCUAAAUUUAGGCCAUAACAUGAUGAGUGGGGAAGUGCCUUUGGGUGUUUGUGAAUUGCCAAAUUUGGCAAAUUUCACUUUCUCUUAUAAUUACUUCUUCGAGGAAGAGGGUCUUUGUGGGAAUUUGACAUUGAAAGGGAUCGUAUCAGAUGACCGAAGAAAUUGUCUGCCGAACAAACCUCUUCAGAGGAGCAAGAAGGAAUGUGAUCCAGUUCUUGAACAUCCUGUUGACUGCUACGAGCAUCCCUGUGGUGACAAGAACACCGAAGAGAACCAUACGUGAUGCAUUGAUGACUCGUACGUACCUUAUGCUCAUCGAUCCGAGGCCUUCUAAUCGUAGAAAGAAGUUAUGUUAUGAAUGUAUAGAAGAC